AGUGAGAACGCGCACGAAUUUGCAACGAACGAAUAUUCGAGGAGAAAACGAGAGGAGAUACACUUUUCGAGAGCGAGUUUGAACGGCCAAGGAUCCUUUCGUUUCCUUUUCCCUCGAUUCGAGGGAAAUGUCCUGUAAAGUUAUCGGCCGUGGAAGAAGAAGGUUUGGUCCUUGUCGACGUUUCGCAUGUUCUGCUGGCUUCUGUUUCGUUCAAAUCGAACAGCCGUUUACCAAGGCAAAGACAAGAUUCCCGUGUCCGAAUUGCACGAGUAGCUUCGGCCAGAAAGCGAGUCUUACCCGUCAUUUGAAAUACGAGUGCAGACAAGAGCCACGAUUUCUGUGCCCUUACUGCCAGCACAGAAUUGACCGAGGCGGUUACCACGAGUCGAGCCAUCGCUCGAACGAGUCGAAGAAAUUCUGCUGUCCUAAUUGUCCCAGCGGAUUCACCAGGGUGACGAAUCUUCGAAGGCACGUGAGGCACGAUUUAUUAUCCGCCGUCAUCGAGCUUCCAUUAUCGCGCGGAUCAGUGCCGGCAAUUGGAACGCCAACAAUGUUAUCGUCGUCUAGGGAGCAAGCAGGGGAGCAACGAUAACGAUAGUGCGCGAGGAGCUACCGGCAUUUGCAUCACAUGUUGCGCCAUUGUAAGUUCGAGUGUGGCAGCCCGCCAAGAUUUCAAUGCCCGUAUUGCGGGAUGAGGAGCAAGCAGUCCAACAACGUUUACAAGCACAUACGUAUCAAACAUCCA